GUUUGGUGCAAUUUUGAACCGUGGACUCUACGCUCUAGGUCGUUAGCAUCUCUUGUUGACAUAUCAAGAGAAUACAGGAAGUACUCUUAACCGAGUCAUGGAACCCGUCGAUGACAACCUUCCAAUCAAUGUCUUGGAAAGUUCGUCUGACAAUUACUUUUGCACACUCUGCUCUCCUGUCUAUUCCGUUUGUUCAAAUGAAACACAUGCCUUGGAAAUACACAUCAGAUCUGUUCAUCCUGAAAGUAGAAACCUUCGUUGUAUUUAUUGCUCCGAAAUGGUUUCAUCUGCGUCUAUAUCAAAGCACAUAGACAAACAUUUCUGCCCAACGGAUGUCCAGGACUUACCGUACAUUUGUCCAUGUUGUCCGAGAGCUUACAGCACGAUGAAAGCUCUUGCACAGCACGCUUUGACCAUACACAAUAUGAAUAAAAGCGACAUUUUCUUUAAAUGUAACCACUGUGACAUGUCUAUGCAAUCACCUGCAGAACUAAAGACUCACCUUAACAAAUAUUCUCUCGUUUUAUAUCACUGUUGUUUUCCUGAGUGUCAUGUCAAAUCCAAAAACGCAGAAUUAGUUAAGAAGCAUGCUGUGAAUUUCCAUGGAACUAACAGCCCUCUGGUUUUCGCGUCUUAUUCGUAUAUGUGUUCAUGGCCAUCAUCACUACGACCCAUUCGGAUUCAGGAACACUCAUCUGGGAUUAUUAGAUUAAAUAGUCGUGUUCCGUGCACAUUCUUCUGUGCGCAUUGUUCGUUUGGAACAGUUCAUUUGGAAAACUUUGCCCAACACUUGGCGAUAUGUCGGACUAUUUCUUCCCAUCUCCUCAUCACGUCUCUGUCCGUCACCUGUGUUCUUCAUCGUUGUUCUGAAUGCGGCUGGAUGACUAACGUCCGAAGCAUGCUUGCCGAACAUAUUCAAGAUAUGCAUCCCUUACUCUCAGAGGAAGAUGGGAUUAUCACUGAAGACUUCACAGUUCCUAUUUCAGAUGAAUCUAUCACUGAAAAUUAUAAUUUCAUCAGUAAAAAUAUGGAAAAUGUACCUAAUUCUUCACUUCAACAACUACCAAACUUCUUUUCAUCUGGGAAUUCAGCUUUUCUUCAUAAUAACAAUGGGAUCACGUUGCGCCAUGAUCUCCCCUUACUCUGCUCAACCUCAAACUUGUCGGCUGAAGUUGCUAAACAUUUGUCAAAUGUCCAAGGACCGUCGUCAGUUGAUAGUUGUGAAGUUGAUGAAGUAGGAGACAGUGAAGAACAUGCUGGUGUUGAAGGUGAUAACGAUGAGUUAAGGAAUUCAAAUAAGGAUACAGUUUCUAGCAACAAAAUCUCUAAUCCCAAUUCCUCUACCGAUGUUUCUGCAGCAGACUGUAAAUCCGAUAAUAUCAUUGAAACAACUGCUGAAGAAUAUGUUCAAUUAUACUUUAACGAACAAGCAUUUGUAGCUGCUUAUAUGAAAAAUGAAAAGUUUAACAAUCCAAAUAAUGAUGCUGAAAACGAAGAACUACCCGCUGUCUUGGAAAAAUUGCGUCGAUUCGCUAGUUAUCGUGUUCCUAUUCUUGGCCGAGCAAACCAACGCCGUGUUGCUGGUUGCCCUGAAUGCCUUAAACCGUUCAAUCAUGGUUUUACAGACCUCAAGAAGCAUCUUCUGGUAACUCAUCUUGGUGUUCGUCGUGAUAUAUCUCGCUUUACCAUUGAUUUCACUCAUUCAAGCAGAAACCAUACUAGUGGAAUUGCUAUUCAGGCUAGUGAUUCACGUAUUCAUCCUGGUAUUUCUCCCCAGUCAAAACAUCCACUCGGAAUCCGAAAUGGGCGUCUAUCUAGUAAAGCGUUCCGUCGUAAACCUUUCCCGAUUUUGCCUCUCACCAGCCCUCUUUCUAAACGCCCUUCCACGGGUAAUUACGACGAAGCUCAAAAUUCACCAACAGAACCACUAGCUACUGUUUCUUCUGAUGGUCUUCCAACUCUAGUUACUCCUGGGUCUUCGUAUUCUGGUGGAGCUCCAGUACAUCGUGUUAUUCCAGGAACCGGCGUCUCUGAUCAUUAUGAGGACAUGCGGUCGCUAGAAGAGGUCUCUGCUCAAGCACCUAUUGGCCGAGGUGGUAUUAUUCCUCUUGAUGAAAUGGGCAACCCGAUAGUUGCUGCUGUUGUGGCUGCAGGUCAGCCUCAAACUUCUAGUUAUUCAGGUGGUACGGAAAUUUUCCUUCCAAAAGUAGGGCGUCAGCGUAUCCAAUUAGCAUAUUCCUUCCCUGUAUUUAAACGUUUACUGGAAGCCUAUCAAGUUCCAACGCAGGAAAGGAUUCAACUAGUCAACCGCAUGAAUCAUUACGCUAGACUACAUGUCAUAAUGGAUGUCUUAGUUCCCGGGGGAGCGCAAAAACGUUUUUCUUGUCCAACAUGUAUGUAUACUUCGGUGCACUCUCUGGCUGAUAUUCGUAAACAUAUAAUGGGUUCCCACUGUGGCAUUUCUACAAAGCGAUUUAGACUUUGUCUUCGAGCUUCUAGGCACGAUACAACAACAUAUCGCCUACAUUCAGACGACAGAAUGAUUCGGUUUGUAGAAGAUCACAGGCGGCGGCAAAUUCAAAUGACUGACGCAAAAUCAAACAUGAAAGUUGUUUCAACUGACAGUGAUGUUGAAGAAGUAAGAGAAGAGUCAAGUGAAACACAUUCACAGUUGAUGAAUGAAGAGAAUAAUCACUACACAACUGAUCUCUCUAGGUCUCAAGUUUCACUUAAUGAUCAAGAAGAACUUGAAACACAAACUAUCGAAACUGAUUUGUAUGAUGAUAGCCAUCAUGAGGGAAUGCAUGGGGCUGAUGAAGAAAGUGAUAAUCGUUUUCUUACUGCUAACGUGAAUAUCAAUACUAACGAAAACCACACUCCCACUAAGAUGCUAGACAAUAACAGUGUAACAACUAAUGAUACUCAUUUGGAUGAAAGUGGGAAACAGAAUGAAGAACAUCAUCGACGUAUAGAUCUUCCUUUUUCCGACCAUGUACUACGUGCUUUAUUGGAACGAGAAGGUAUGCUGGAUCAGUACGAUGAUUUAGUAGUCAAAAUGCAAGUCUACUCUAAACACCAUCUUACUGUUGUUUCACGUGGGAAUAGAAUUUACUCAUAUAUUUGCGUAUGUGGACGUCGUUUCGCUGUUGUACGUGAUGAAGUUGAAAGUGAUAUCAGGCCAGCAAGUCUAGCUGAUUGCAGACGUCAUAUUCUAGGAGUCCAUGCUCGUAUUCCUCAAGAACUGCUUACUUUGUGUUGCCAGGCAUCUCGUAUCUCCAAAGAAUCAGGUUACAAACUGUAUGCAGACACUUCACUUUUGGCACUAGCCGAACAACAUAAAUUCCGGAGUACCAGGAUUCAAAGUUACAGCCGUAAAUCAGAGGGUGGAAUUUCUCCUAUAAAACGUCCUUUGGAACCUAUUUUAUCCAACGAUAUCGAAGGGAUUCCUGAUACAUGUGUAUCCUCCGCUUCAAAUUCAAGUGUUUUACGGCCUAACACAUCUUUUUCUAGCAUAAGCUUUAAUCAUUCUGCACCUAGUCAAAUUGCUAUUCAUCACUCAUCUUCGUAUUCCACAAAUCAUCCUUUACCACCAAUGUUGCGUGCACCCACUAUCAAGUAUGAGCCUAACGAUUCAGAAGAACCUCCAUCCCCUGAAUAUAAUAAACUCAAUGGUAAACCAUCCUCUAAUGUAAAUUCCUCCAAAAAGUCCCCUGAACCAAAUCCUUAUGCAUUUGAAGAAAGACAUAAUGGACUCGAUCUUGACGCACCCCGUCGCGCUCUCACUUCGGAAGAAGCUGCAAUGUGGAGUAAAAAGUUGGGUUUACCCACUGCCUGGGCUUUGGAAAGAAUCGUCCGAUUACUUUAUAGUCCUGCUGUUUUUGAUCAUCAAGUGAGAUCUGUUUUGCCUGAUGGUGAUAGCUUCAUUGCUAGCUUACAUGAACGAAUGAAAGUGUAUGCUAGACAUUCAGUUUAUAUCACUCGUUUACGAGAUGCUCCGAACCCUACUCAACGUAUUUACGUUUGUUGUGCUUGCUUAACUACAUCACAUCAUGGUUUUGGAGAUGUAAGAAAGCAUAUAUUAGGUGUUCAUGCUCAUGUUCCUGAACGUUUUAAAUCCGCAGCUAUGUGUGCCAGUAGAUUGAACAGGGAUGAUUAUUUUUUGUAUACUGACAGUCAACUCCUGCAACUAGCAAAUACACCAGGUCGAAACAUAAGUUUGUCAACGUUAGGAGCUACAUCAAACAAAACUCUGUCACCUGUAAAUCAUAGUCCUGCAUCACAAAAAUAUCGCCAAAAUGAUUCUGAUUACUUAUCUCCUCAAUAUACUCCUAACAGAAAAAGACGACAUUCUGGUACUGAAAAUGAUUCCCUUGAUUUUAAUAUUAAACUGGAGCCUUCUAGUCAAGUUUUGCGUGAUGAGUCUAUAACACAAACUGCUCAUUUAAAUGGACAUGUUACAAUUUCUCCUGAUUUAUCUGGAAAAUCCUAUGACGACCACGAAGAACAUCGGCCUCCAAUUAUUCUUACUAUCCCACGACCUAAAGCUUUUCAUCCAUCUGAUCAACCAGACGAUGUAACUCCUCGAUUUUCGUCUAUGAAUGAUAUAGGCAAACCUGUCGAUGAAUAUGUAAAUCCAGACGGUGUAUAUACAUCAUCUGGUUCACGUAGUAGACGUUCAAUGAUCCUUAAAUCAAAACGACCAUGUCCAACAUCAACGUAAAUAAUUCAUUAAUAAUAACGUUUUUCGUAUACUUAAACAAACUACAUAAAUUAAACUGAAAUGUAUUACUGUCAAAUAAUAAUUCUCUUGUACAUAUUUUCAACAGCUAUUAUAUAAUACAGAAAAUGAAUACCUCCAAUCACAAAAUUUCACACUUAUUUAUUAGUUAUGUAAUUUAUUUGUAUAACGCAAUUGUUUCAUAGCUUUUUUUUUCUAAUUUCACCUUUUUAUUUAGUGACAUUAUUUUGUAAUUGUUUAAAACUACAAUACAUAACUACGACUGCACACCUUUUUAUAUAGUUAGUUUAUAUUAUUUAUAUUCACGGUAAUAUGUCUUUGCUGGACACAGAUUUCAUCAAUGGAAUGAAUGAAUGAAUGAACAACGAAAUUUGAAGAAAAACAUUGCGGUUAUGUGCUUUUUUUGAGUUAUCACGAGUACUUCCUUUUCUUUCGAUUCGAAAAUCCCCCCUUACACUUACAUUUUUAUUUAACACAACAUUCUAAUCUGUUUUGUAGGUCCUUCUACUGCUUCCUGUUAUCCGUUAUCUGUUUUUACACUCACGCCUUCCUAUUAAGUUAUAUAUAUAUAUAUAUAUAAUUUUCCAAAUACUAUUACAUGCCUAUUUAUACGACAUUCCAAUUUACACUUGUCGCUAAUAUUGUACCUACUUAUGUAUACCUGUUUAUGUAAUAUUAUGAAGUGGUUAAUGUCUCCACCACCCCCCGAGGCAUUAAACUGUUGAUUUUUCUGAUUGUUUUUUGCGAUUUGAUUAAUUAGAAAUUUUUGUGAAAUU